AUGGCACACGGCACAUGCCUUCGGCCGUCCUUCAGGCUUCAUGCUUCAGUUCAGGCUUCAGCAAUUCUCAAUAAAUCUGAAAAGAACAGUUCUUCUAUCAAUGAUGGCACUAGCAAAAAGAGACAACGUAGAAAGACAUCAGUUGCUUGGGAUGAAUUUUAUUUGUUACCUAUAGAUGUUGAUGGAAAACAGAAGGCAAAAUGUAAAAAAUGUGGGGCUGAAUAUGUUACUAAUGCUUCAACCCAUGGGACGGCAAAUUUAAGACGCCACAUUAAUAAUUGUCCAUUACGUGAUAAUUAUGAUAUGAAGCAGAUGCAUAUGGAUUAUGGAACCAAACUUCAUGCGAAAAAAAUUGAGCAAGAUGUUUAUCGUGAGAAGAUGGCAAUUGCCGUAAUCAAACAUUGUUAUCCUUUUUCAUGGGUUGAGCAUGAAGGAAAUCGAGAUGUGCAUAAAUAUCUUAAUCCUGAUGUUAAACCAAUUUCUAGGAACACUGUUAAAGUUGAUGUAUUGAAAAUACAUAAAAGGGAGAAGGAGAAACUUAAACUUACACUACAGAGUGCUUUUGGUAGAGUGUAUUUGACUUCUGAUUGUUGGUCUUCUCCUACAACUGAAGGAUAUUUGUGCAUUACAGUUCAUUUUGUGGAUGAAAAUUGGAGUAUUGAUAGGAAGAUAUUUUCCAUCACAUUAAAAAAUGCAACUGCUAAUGAUAGUAUGCAAGAUAUUCUUUCAAGUCAAUUGUCUUUGCAAGCACCUUUAGUAAGUGGCGGUGAAUAUUUUCAUGUAAGGUGUUAUGCUCAUAUUUUGAAUCUUAUUGUUCAAGAAGGCUUAAAAGUGAUUGAACGUGUUGUGUAUAACAUUAGAGAAAGUGUCAAGUACAUAAAGGGUUCAGAAGGUAGAAAACUUAAGUUUGAAGAGUGCAUUAAACAAGUUGGUAUACUUGCUUCAAUCAGUUUGCGCUUGGAUGUACCAACUAGGUGGAAUUCAACUUUCAUGAUGAUAGAAAGUGCACUCAUAUAUCGACGGGCUUUAAUUCAUUAUGUUUUACUUGAUGCAAAUUAUAAGUAUUGUCCGUCAAAUGAAGAGUGGAAUAGAGCUGAGGUCAUUUGCAAUUUCUUGAAGCCAUUUUACGACAUGACAAAACUCUUCUCGGGUUCGGAUUAUCCUACAUCUAAUUUGUAUUUUUCAAAUAUAUGGAAAAUUCAAUUGCAUUUACUUGAAACAAUGGAAAAUCCGGAUUGCAUUGUUAAUGGUAUGGCUGCAAAAAUGAAAGAGAAGUUCGAUAAAUAUUAG